AUGACAAAACCACAUCAGUCCCUGUGCUCUAAGAGUGUGAAGGCCAGGGAAGGGAAAAUCAACGAGCCCCAUCCUACACUUGUGAUAGCGCCGGUGGACUUUGUCUCUUUCAUGGAUCACAUGAACUUUGAAGAGCGGCUCAAUACCUCUAAAUCCAGCCUCUAUCUCUAUCCCCAGUGCCAAAAAAUACACUUAAUCCUCCGCCCUGCCGCAUUCGACUCUGGCAUCACUUACGAUAUCGACAUUGAUCAAUGCUGCGCCACGUUGGCUCAACUCUUCAUCGAUCGGGAAGAACAAACUCUCACCUGGGACUUCUUCCUUCUUUUCCAAAAAGCUGACGAGGACGACGAAGAGUGCGCCAAGUAUCUUCAACAUCCAGCUGAGCGUGGUUUCAGUUGCUGUCUUCCAAACAAGGUCGAAUUCCGAACGAUGUCCUUUGGAAUCCGUAAUGCAGCGGCUACCUUCCAACGCCUGACGCAAACAACAUUAAUCGGCUUAUGUCCAAACCAUUGUAUAAUCUACUUGGAUGGCAUUCUCGUUUUUGGUAGAAAUAUUCGGGAGCAUAGUGCCAACCGGAAACUAGUGUUGGAUUGUCUGCAAGAUGCAGGGUUAACUUUGAACCCGAAGGAGUGCCGUUUCCUGCAACGCUCGGUCACCUCCCUGGGACAUACAGUCUCGUCGAAUAGGAUGGCAUUCACCGAAGACCGUGCACAACAAGUGAGGACAUGGUCUACACCAACCAGCCAGACGAAGGCCGAUUUCCCCACCUGGAAGACACCGCAAGUUUCAUCACCCAUGGAGCAAGGACCCAUUUCAAGUGAAAGCGCUCUCACUUGCAAGCUGCACAACUACGUACCCCAGCCGGUAGCCGUUCAACAAGGACCACCACCGGUUGGAUAUGAAGAGGAGGAUUGCGCUCCGACGAAAGACGGGAAACCACCGGAUGGCAACUAUGAAAGAAACUCCAAUAAAUAUGACAAAACCCCAUCACCCUUGGUGUUCCAAGAGCAUGAGGGUCAAGGAAGAGGAGAUCAACGAACCCCAUCCUACAUAAGUACCUGUUUGGUUAAAUACAAGCCAACUGAGGACAAAAUUACUGCCGCAACCUACGACUUACACUUCCCACUACGCAAUAGUUAA